UUUUUCAUGUCUUUUCCUUUUUUAUUGAGAUUUCGGAUUUUCUGCUUCGAAAAUACUGCUCAGAUCUAUUGCUCUGAGCUUUCACAGUCUCAGAUUUGUCAAAGAUCGAAGUAAUUUAUUUUCAUUCGAAGCUGAGUGCUACUGAUCAGUUGUGCUUCCUUUUUUGUUUUUGGGAUCGAAGUAAUUUAUUUUCAUUCGACUCAGUAAGUUUCCACUGAAUUUGUGAUUUUUGUGUGUGAUCUACAUCGCUCCACUGUUCUUAAUCUAGAAUGUGAAGAAUCUGUUUUUGAACUUAGUGAGUUUCUCUGGUUGAGUUUUCCCCUGGUUUAAUUCAUUAAUGCAGCUCAGGAGUGCUUCUUACUGUGAAUCGUUUUCCCCGGUGAAUUCAUCGUUUGUUGUGGCAUUGAUCUUGAUUCUGUAGUCAGAAGAUUGCUUGAUUUCUUAUUUUAUGUAGGUUACCGGUGAGGAACUGUAAACGAUCUAGCAGAGUGCCUCCUUCGGUUGUGUGCAACAAAUGUUGGCUAGUUCUUCAAGGUUUCUGCUGGUUCGGCUAAGGAAUUUGGUUUGAUGAAUGAUUCGCAUUUAUUUGUAUGAUUAAGUGCAAGAAAUAAAUGGAGGAAAGUGACAACAGAGAUUUUCAAGGAAAUGUCGUUAGGCAGGCAUCUUUACGUCAAAGUGGGAGUUUGAAAUCUACACUAUCAGGGAGAUCAACUCCUAGAGGUUCUCCUUCGUUUAGAAGAUUAAAUUCCAGUCGAACUCCUCGAAGAGAAGCUCGUAGCAGUGGAGGGUGUUUACGGUGGAUUGGGAGUAACCGUUUGUUGUUUUGGUUAUUCUUAAUAACUCUCUGGACUUAUCUAGGGUUCUAUGUUCAAUCCAGAUGGGCUCACAAUGAUAAUAGGGAUGAGCUAAUAGGUUAUAAAAGUAAACCAGGUGGCAUUUUCAACAUGAAACGGGAUCAUCAGCCAGAUUUGAUUACAAAAAGAGAUUCUUUGGUAGCUGAAAAUGCUUCUACUGAGAAUAAAGAGGGAGUCAAAAAUGUAACACAGUUUAAGAUACUGGACGUGGUGGCUUUGGCCAAAAAUGGGAAUCGCCCUCCAUCCCGCCGGAAGAGGAGUAAGAAAACAAGUAUGGAACGAAAGUUGCGUAGUAGUAAGACACGUGACAGGCAAAAGGCUGUUGUAGAAGGUACAACCAGCAGCUUGGAGGAGACGGAAGAGGAAAUUCCUAAAAGAAAUACUUCAUAUGGGUUACUUGUUGGUCCCUUUGGGUCAACAGAGGACAGAAUAUUGGAAUGGAACCCUGAAAAGCGAAGAGGUACUUGUGAUAGGAAGGGGGAAUUUGCACGUCUUGUUUGGUCUAGAAAAUUUGUUUUGAUAUUCCAUGAGCUUUCGAUGACUGGGUCCCCACUUUCAAUGAUGGAAUUGGCAACAGAGCUUUUGAGCUGCGGAGCUACGGUGUCUUCUGUGGUUCUUAGCAAGAAGGGUGGAUUGAUGGCAGAGCUUGAUAGGAGAAAGAUCAAAGUGCUUGAAGACAAGGCAGAGCUGAGCUACAAAACUGCCAUGAAGGCAGAUCUUGUCAUUGCAGGAUCUGCUGUGUGUGCAUCAUGGAUCGAGCAAUACCUCAAACGAUUUGCAGCUCGAUCAAAUCAAGUUGUUUGGUGGAUCAUGGAAAAUCGACGGGAGUACUUUGACCGAUCAAAGCUAAUGCUCAACCAAGUAAAAAUGUUGAUGUUUCUUUCUGAAUCACAAUCUAAACAAUGGCUAGCAUGGUGUGAAGAAGAAGGUGUUAAGCUGAAGUCUCAGCCUGCUUUGGUUCCACUUUCUGUUAAUGAUGAACUGGCCUUUGUAGCAGGCAUUCCUUGCUCCCUAAAUACACCAUCAUUCAGCAUUGAAAAGAUGAAGGAGAAAAGGCAGCUGCUAAGAGAUGCAGUUAGAAAGGAGAUGGGAUUAACAGAUAAUGAUAUGCUUGUGAUGUCUCUUAGUAGCAUCAACCCUGGAAAGGGCCAACUGUUGCUUCUUGAAUCAGCAAGAUUGAUGGUUGGACAAAACCUUUCUCUGGUAAACUCAGGAAGCAAUGAUUUGAUCAAAAUAGGCCAAGACCAUUCUUCCUUGGGUGGGAAGAAACGUUUAAGAAGUUUGUUUCAAAAUAAGCUUCAGAUUGGUGAAUCUUCAAAUGGAUUAUACAGCUCUGACAAAUCUAUUUUUACUUUCAAUGAAGCUAAGAGGAAAGGCUUGGGGUUACAGAUUCUCCCGGUGCUCACUAAUUAUACAGAUACUACAGAUACUCUAACCUCUGUUGAUGACAAAAUGAGGAAACUUUUGUCCGACAAAGAGGGAACUAAGAAGCAGGAUCUUCGACUUUUAAUUGGCUCUGUUGGAUCCAAGAGUAAUAAAGUGGCUUAUGUCAAAGGGUUGCUCAGAUUCUUGUCUCAACACUCAAACCUGUCAAAGUCAGUGCUAUGGACUCCAGCAACUACACGUGUUGCCUCACUUUAUGCUGCGGCAGAUGUUUACAUUAUAAACUCUCAGGGUCUUGGAGAAACAUUUGGAAGAGUGACUAUCGAAGCUAUGGCAUUUGGCCUUCCGGUUAUUGGCACAGAUGCUGGAGGGACAAAGGAGAUUGUAGAUCACAAUGUAACGGGUCUUCUCCAUCCUAUUGGGCAUCCAGGCUCUCAAUUCCUAGCCCAAAAUAUUCAAUUUUUGCUUGAAAACCCAAUAGCAAGAGACCAGAUGGGAAUCAGCGGCAGGAGGAAAGUGAAGAGGAUGUAUUUGAAGCACCACAUGUACAAGAAACUUGCAGAGGUUCUACGCAACUGCAUGAGAAUCAAAUAGACGCUUUAGUUCACGU